UCUCAAUUUGUGACGGUAAUAACUGAAAUGACAUCGACUAUCCAACGGCUCUUGCAAAAACUAGAAGACCCUAAACGUCCAUUAUUAGGGCCAACCAUAAAAUGGUUAAAAUUAUAUGGACUGAUAUUACCAAGAACCAGGAAAGGAAAAAUGAUAUACUUGUCAAUAUUGACGGUAAUGGGACUGUUUAUUAUUUCGGAGUACGUAGACAUGAUAAUUAUGAGAAAUGAUGUUAACCACUUACUGCUUAAUUUCAAAUAUUCAAUGCUGAGCAGUGUUAAUGUCAUUAAGGUAAUCACAAUGUAUGCCUGGCAUAAACACUGGAUGGGAAUUUUUAAAUUUACAACUCGCGUUGAUAUAGAAAGAAGGAAUUCUCCAGAUCCAAUUUAUCGGGAAACAGUCAGAAAAUAUACUAAAUACUGUCGCAUAAUAACAUAUAUAUAUUGGUUUUUGGGGUACUGUACGGUUAUCAUGAUUGUCGUACAACCAGCAGCUAAAUAUCUAUUAUCGUCUACAUAUCGUCAAAAUGUCAAAGAUGGCACAGAAAAAUUUCUAGAAGUAGUAAAUUCUUGGACACCAUUUGAUAAAACCACGAUGUCAGGUUAUUUGAUUUCAAAUAUAAUUCAAGGUGUAGCUUCGUUAUAUUCCGGGGGAUGGAUUACAUCCUAUGACACAAAUGCGUUUGUAUUAAUGAUUUUUUUUCGCGGUGAAUUGGAACUCUUGAGACGAGACUGUCGAAGCCUGUUUGGGACAGAGGAAAAUCCAGUCACAAAAGAGGAAGCACAGAAACGAAUCGAUCAUUGCCAUCAACGACAUAAUGAUAUAUUAAAAUAUUUUCGACUUUUCGACUCUUGUUUAUCUCCCAUAAUGUUGUUGUAUGUUAUUGUUUGUUCUGUAAUGCUUUGUGCAACGACUGUCCAAUUAACAACCGAAAGCAGUGCAAUGCAGAAGUUAAUAACAUUUCAAUAUCUCAUGUUUGGUGUAAGCCAAGUUUUCAUUUACUGUUGGCAUAGCAAUGACGUAUUUUAUGUCAGUCAAGAUUUAAUGCUGGGUCCAUAUGAAAGCUAUUGGUGGACGCGAACAUUGUCAGAGCAAAAAAAUCUUCACCUAUUAGCUGGUCAAUUAAAUAAGCAGAUUGUACUCACUGCUGGCCCCUUCAGUUACAUCAAUUUGGCAACAUUCAUAAAUAUACUUAAAGGCGCCUACAGCUAUUACACACUUUUAAAUUAAUAGCGUGAACAUAAUUCUUUAUUAAUAUUGCACCCUGAGGGGACGUAUUUUCUUUCCGUCGUAACAAUAGGUAUUUUAAAUGUUACAUGGCGCUUAAUAGUUGUAGAAGUCGCUAAUAUUUGUUUUUCUUCAGAGGAUUACAAAAGACGGCGUCAUAGUGACAAUCACGAUGCACUUGCUGUGGGUAUAUUUAUUUAACUCGUUUAUAUUAGGGUACACAGAAUUUCGAAAAAUAGAACUUGAAAUUUACUUUCAAAACAUAACAUAUUUUUUUUUAAUCACUUGCACUAUGUAAGGAUAACGAAGACGUAAUUAGACUAUAUAGAUUCUUAGCUAAACGCUUGUUUUUGAACGUCGUAGUUAAUUUCAUAAUUUAUUCGACAUCGCACUUUACUAUGACUUAGUCAACAAUAAGCAAAACUGAAAUUGUAAAAGGUUUUUAAAAUUUCACCACAUAUAUGAAAUCUUGAUUUUCGUGAGGCAUCUUUCGUGAGCUACAAGCAAAUAUGUGCAAGACAUCAAUAAAACUUAAUGAUGUUAUUAUUUUUAAUUUGAGUUUUAAAACCUGUUAGGUAAUGUAUACAUUAAUUUGACAUCAAUAAAAAUAAUAAAAAGCACUUUUAAAUAUACUACAUAUGUAAUAAAAAUCGUGAA